AUGUGCCGCCCGACUCCCGAGCAACGCUCGAAGCUCGACAAACGGCGCUCGCAGAAUGAGAAUGGGCAUCGCGGUGAGAAUGGGCAUCCCGGCAUCCCGGCAACCGUAACGACUGAUAUUGGCAAGGAAGAGGUGUACGGCGAGGGCGACCCAGAUCCUUCUGAAUUGCUUCCACAAAUGGUUCACCCUGGGAUGUCUGGAGAGGGUUCUUCCCAUCCGAUUGUGAUGGGUCUAAAGAGGCGAGAACCAGUGGUGCCUGUAACGUACUAA